CUGGUUCCCUCGUAAUGCAUGAAGGCCCAGUAGCUGCACUGCCUGUUCAGCAGCAGCCUGACAGGCAUAUUUACCCCCAGGCUGUGGGUGUCCCUCUGGAUGACCUGCAAGGUCAAGUUCCCCUCCUGAUCCAAAGCUCCAACAACCACAGAGGAACCAUGUCUGAACCUGUUCCUCUGCUAAGAUGCGCUUUAGAUCCUGUGGCCCGUCAUGCUCAAAGAUGGACGGAGCUGGAGACGGACAGCUGCUCCUCUUGUGAUACAACUAAGCCUGAUUUCAAGCAGAAUGGACACUGUCAGGACAUGGAGGUGUCACAGGGUGACGGAGCUGCUGUUGGCAGUAAAUCUCAGAUGGAGGCACAUUGUGGAGCCACACUACCUCAGCAACAAGAAGGGAGCCCCAAUGAGACCUCCUGUCCUGAUGAGUUGCUUCCUGCCUCUUUACCAGCUCUGGAUAAAAGUAGCCAAAGCCAUCUGCCAGCAUCUGUGGAUGCAUCAGAGGACUGCUCAUUGGAUCUGCUCAGAAUAGUAAAGCACCACCCGAGCGCCAUUGUGUUCUGCGAUUAUAAAAACCAGGCGAGCUUUGCCAGUGGCAGCUCUGAUGGUGGGGAGUCCUCCUCAUCCAACACUGAAGAGGGAGAGGGAGAGGAUGACGAUGAUGAUGAGGAUGAGGAUGAUGUUUUUCAGGAGACAUUACAAUAUAAGGAAUUCCUGGUCAGCCGUCGCCGUAGGAACUUGAACAGGAACAGGAAGUGCUUGAGGAAGAGACAGGAUGCCCAGCCUAACAGCUCUGCUGCAUCUGGCUGGCAAAAGCCCACCGACAAGGGCAAACAGGAGUUCACAGGUAGCCAGGAGGAAGAGGAGAACAAUGGCAAACAGGCUGCUGCGUGUGACUCCAUGACCCUGCUGAUGAACAAGUUGGAUCAGCUCAGUGAGGGGGUCCGAGAAGUCCGAAGCGCUGAUUCCUCCCACCCAGACGAGGCCUGCGCCGAGCAGGAGCAACAGAGCACCGUGGGUGCUCCCGCCGUGGGCAGGAUGGCGAGCCGAGCCCUGAGCCAGGAUCAGGGAGCCUCCAGAGCUUCAGACAAACCUGAACCACUCACCAGACGGCGCUCGCGACCUCUGACCCGCAGCAGACCUCUGACCCGUUCGUCCCUCUCGUCCCCUACACACCUCCAUGCUCGACGGGCCAGGGCGGCUGCAAGGAUCACCAGUGGAUCAGCAGAGAUUGAGGCUAAGGAGGCUUGUGAUUGGCUUAGAGCUGCAGGAUUUCCACAGUAUGCCCAGCUCUACGAAGAUUCCCAGUUUCCAAUUGAUAUUUCCUCAGUGAAAAGGGACCAUGACUUCUUGGACCGGGAUCUGGUGGAGCCUCUGUGUCGACGUCUAAAUACUCUGAACAAGUGUGCCUCCAUGAAACUGGAUGUCAGCCACCCCAAGAAGAAAGGUGAUGACUCUGAUGAAGAUGACCCGUUGGCUAUCAGCAAACGUUGGACAUUCGAGUGGAGUAGCCGACGCUGGUCUCGCCUUCAAGACUUCCUGUUGGACAGCACCAAUGAAAGCAGCCCGACGGGUCAGGGGGAGGAGGGUCUGCGCAGCACAGUGAGCAGUGAGAGCGUGCUGACGGACCUGAGCGAGCAGGAGAUCACAGAAAUCUCCUCGCUGCACAGUGAGGACUCCGCCUCCGCCAUGCCUGACUCUAUAUCUAUGGCGUCCCUCUCCGCUUCCUACCAACCGCCAAGGGAACUCCCACACUACAACUCCCUGCCAAUCAAGAGCAGCCGCCAUGGGCAAGGAGGGCGGAGCAAAGCCAAAGAGUUUUUGCGUCGAAUGGAAAUGAUGCGCACUUGGGGGCCAUCCACAAGGCGGAAAAGCUCAAAUCGCAGGCCGCCGCUGGUCAUCAGCGGGCCGGUGUUACAGGGGGAGGAGCCUCAGGCACUGCAGAUGCUCCAGUGUACUCCCAUCAGCCAAUUAGAGCACAGCCCUAAGCACAUCCAUGAAACUGAUGGCGACACUUCUCCUGUCAGCCUUACCAAUGAUUGUAAAGACCAGUCCAUGGUGAGUGUGAGCCCCAGCAGUGAGACAGUGGCGCCCAAUGUAAAGGAGCCUGUGUGUACAAAACCCCGCACUGCCAGCAAGAGAAGCAGCAUGUAUCUGGAGGAUAUGGAGCUGCCUUCUCAGGGUAAGAGGACUGAAGGGCAGAGCCAGUUUGGCAGAAACCAGUUUCACUCAUAUGAAAACCUCCUUAUUCACAUCCCCAAAGACCAUAAGCCAGGCACCUUUCCAAAAGCUCUAUCCAUAGAGAGCCUGGCACCUUCCCCUGGCGACAAGAACAAUGGCCCUCAGACACAGGCCCAGACUUCUCCACCCAACAAUGGCCUGGGUGAGCCCUGGUCUGGUAAACCUCUUUCCAAGCCCCCCUGUCCUGGAGCGCCACGGGGCAGCAGGGCGAGUGUUUAUGACAACGUGCCGGGCUCCCACCUGUACGCCAGCACAGGAGACCUGCUGGACUUAGAGAAAGAGGACAACCUGUUCCCUCACCUGGACGACAUCAUCCAGCACGUCAGCGGCCUGCAACAAAUAGUGGACCACUGGAGCCGCAGCGUGCUGCCCGAGGGUGAGACAGGGGAGGGGGAGGAGGAAGGGGAGGGCAGGACCACCCCCAGCGAAGGCGAGAGAGAUGGAGUCUCCUUGAAUGACACCGAUUCAACAGGGACCAGUCGGGAGAGGCGGGACUCUGGAGUUGGGGCCUCACUGACAAGACCACGUCUGCGAUGGCCCAGCUUCAGAACCUCUGAUCAUCUCAACCAGCCAGCUUCCUCGCUGCAGAUCGGCAGCCAAUCAGCAGGCCAGCUCAGCCUGCUGCAGAAGUUCUCUUUGCUCCGCCUCACCGCCAUCAUGGAGAAAUACUCAAUGUCUAACAAACACGGCUGGACAUGGUCUGUGCCCAAGUUUAUGAAGCGCAUCAAGGUGCCAGACUACAAAGAGAAGAGUGUGUUUGGUGUUCCCCUCAUCGUCCAUGUCCAGCGUUGUGGUUUUCCGCUCCCUCUGUGUUUACAGCAGGCCCUCAGCCACCUCAGAACACACUGUCUGGACCAGGUGGGAUUGUUCCGCAAAUCCGGCGUGAAGUCUCGUAUUCAGGCUCUGAGGCAGCAGUGUGAGCUGUCCCCUGACUCUGUGAGCUACGAGGACCAGUCAGCCUACGACGUGGCCGACAUGGUCAAGCAGUUCUUCAGAGAUUUGCCUGAGCCUCUGCUAACAAGCAAGCUGGGGGAAACUUUCCUGCAUAUUUACCAGUACGUCCCAAAGGAGCAGAGGUUGCAGGCCGUCAGAGCGGCCAUUUUGCUGAUGCCAGACGAAAACAGGGAGGUCCUGCAGACGCUGCUCUGCUUCCUGCGCGACGUCACUUCCUUGGUGGAGGAGAACCAGAUGACGCCGAUGAACCUGGCCGUUUGCCUGGGACCUUCGCUCUUCCACCUCAGCAUACUGAAGAACGAGAUGCUGUCGCCAAGGUCAAUCCAGAGGAAGUACACCACAGGCCGUCCCGAUCAGAAAGACCUGAAUGAGAAUCUGGCCGCCACUCAGGGCCUGGCACACAUGAUCACUGAGUGCCAGCGUCUGUUCCAGAUCCCAGAGGAGAUGGUGACGCAGUCUCGCAACUCGUACAUGGAGGCUGAGCUGAUGGUGCCCCCGCUGGACGAGCUGUGCAAGGCUCAUGAGGAGGAAGUGGAUGAGGAAGAGGAAGAGGAGGAUGAGGAAGGAUCCUAUCAUACACACCUAGAAAGCCUGGUCCAGAACCUGCUGAAAGAAGCCAGGGAUAAGAGCAAAGGCUGGGUGUCUCGCUCAACUACUGACCACACAGAACUGGCAUUUAAAAAGGUAGGGGAUGGUAACCCUCUGAGGCGGUGGCGAGUGUGUGUGGAGGUGUCCGCAGCUCCCAGUGAGCUGCUGCAGCGGCUGCUGAAAGAGCGCCCUCUGUGGCAGACCGAACUACAGCAGGAGAAGGUUCUGGAGACGCUGGAUAAACAGACAGACGUGUACCAGUACUCCUGCCGCAACAUGGCGCCUCAGCCCAGCUGUGACUACGUGGUACUAAGAUCAUGGCGUACAGACCUGUGCAAAGGCUCAUGUGCGCUGGUGUGUGUGUCCGUCGAACAUGACGACAGCCCACGCGUGGGAGCGGUGAGGGGGGUUGUGCUGGAGUCACAGUACCUCCUCGAGCCCUGUGGGACGGGGAGGACGAGGCUCACCCAUAUCUCCAGAGUGGACCUCAGGGGGAGGUCUCCAGAAUGGUACAACAAAGCGUUUGGUCACCUGUGUGUUAAUGAAGCCCAGAGGAUCCGCUCCUCUUUUCACCCUCUCGAUCAGACGAGCACUGAGGCCAAGAGCUGAACCCC